AUGCAGCAAGUAAUCUACUGCUUAGGAGUUAAGCAUCAGUUUACGCCAGUGUACCACCCAGCUGCUAAUCCCGUGGAGCGAAAAAACCGGGACCUGAAGGUGCAGCUGGCCAUCUUAGUCCAAGAAGAUCAUACUAACUGGGAUGAGAAGCUAGCCGCUAUAAGAUUUGCCAUGAACACGGCCACUAGUCUUGUUACCGGCUACACCCCAGCCUACUUAACGUUCGCACGGGAACUCAGAACCCCUGACGACAAUGAGAAAGAUCUGCGUGAAGUGAUAAUAUCUGAGAACUUCGUGCCGGAGAUUACUCCAAAACUGCUGUUACUAGCGGAUACAUUAAAGAAGGCCAGAGAAAGCCGAGAGCAAAAGGAGGAACAAAGAAAGGAAGUCGCCGAUAGGGAUCGGAGAGAGGCCCCGGCCUAUAAGGAAAGCGAACUCGUGCUAGUGACCACACACACUCUAAGUAACGCCGCUAAGGGUGUUAGCGCCAAAUUCACACCACGACGAGACGGGCCCUACCUGAUAAAAGAACGGAUCGGAACCUCCAGUUACCUCCUCGCCUCACCCAGUAACCCUACCGAGGCUGUAGGACUGUAUCACGCGAAGGACCUAAGUCCGUACCGGAGUAACGACGACGCGAUACUGCCCAAGCCCGUGCAACCCUUACGGAGGAGAGGUAGACCCAAGAAAACUACCUCUACCCCCAACACGGAGACCAUAACGACCGCGAGACGCCGUAGACCUCCCCGGACAUAA